UCGCUUGGGUUAUAUUUUACUUGUUGACGUUACAAUUGCGAGUUCCAAUACCUUCAAAUUUUUGACAUAUAACGACAAAAUUUCUUUGAAAGUUAAGCUAAAAUAUGAUCGUUACCACGGCUUAAUAAAUUGUAACAUUAUCAAUUGAGACGUCUGUUUGAUUGUUAUUUAUCUUUCGAGAUAUAAUUGAGCAAUUAUCAACAGUUAGAUCAGCUGCCCGAGGGGUCAACGCUAUAAUGACGCCCAAUUUGCCACAUCUCCGGUAUUGUUAGGGAUGGUUACGCCGUAGAGGGAGUAAUACAUAAGGAUAUAACGAGCUAGGUAGUGGGCAGUCGUGUAUAUAGGGGUGGGAAGCAGUCGCCACUAGGUCCUGACUGAAAAUUUCCAGUCGCUACUUCGUUGUCUUUUGGAGACGGUGGACGGUAGGGUAGCUUCACUCUCUUCGAAUCAUCAGUCGGCGAAAUAUCUGCUACAUUCAGUAAGCAUCGUCAGGCGGUGACUUUUACACAGCAUUUUGAUGCCGUGAGUUUUUUGAAAAUUUUGUUUGGAGCGAAAUUUAUCGAAGCACUUUGGAAAUCUGUGGCGACGGGGAAGCUUUGAAUGUGAACAGGGAUUGAGAAACGCUUUUGUGACGACAAAAACUUUAAACUUCAGCGAUGACUUCUCACCAAGCAGCCCCGCGUCGUCUGACUGGGUUCACUGUCAGGGACAUCCUCGGUUGGGACGAUGACGUCAUAGAAACCACGCCGCCACAAGUAGAGGACAGAGAACAAGAAGUCGUUUUAGUGGAAGACACCGUUAGUAACAACAAGAAUGUGGUCCAUGACACCAACGCGCGAGCCACCACCGUGACCUCUAAAGUUGAGCACAAUAACAAGUCAAGGUCACCAGCAACCGAAGAUGAAGACCCAGAAGAUAAAGAAGAGAAAGGGGGGAAGAAGAAGAAGACCAGGUACAGGACGACGUUUUCAACUUACCAACUAGAGGAACUAGAGAAGGCCUUCGAACGAGCUCCCUACCCAGACGUCUUUGCGCGGGAGGAACUAGCCAUGAGACUGAACCUGAGCGAAGCAAGGGUUCAGGUUUGGUUCCAGAACAGACGAGCCAAGUGGCGCAAGCGAGAAACUCCCCGGCGUUCUGCUGACCAACUGAACAGACUGUACUGCUCAUUGGCUGCCGGGUCGUCUUCCUGCAGUGCUCGGCGGCUCCUCAGAGGAAGUGUUCCCGAGACCAACAACGUCACAUCCGGCUGGACCACUGCCUCCCACCACCCGUUCCUCCUGCCGGCAUCCCUCAUGACGUCACACCUCACCUUCGUGCAGUCCUCUCAGACGUCACUUCCGGGGGCUUCGGUGACGUCACAUGUUCGACAGGAGGGUGUGACGUCACAGAUGGGUCUCUUGCCGACCAGCCUCCAUGGCGACAGCCAAUCCCAAGGACCAGGUGUACCAAGAGAACCACCGGCGUCCCUGCAGAAGCACACGGGGAAACGCCAGGGGAGCGUGGAGAAGAGCUUCUCGGCAGGGGUGCUGGGGGAGUACCGAAGGCUGGCCAGCCUCGGCACGCUGAGGAUGCGAGCUCGUCAGUUCGAAGAAAAACUCUCCUCUACUUGACCACGCGCAACACACAAAGCAAACUUUCUAGAUCUUUUAAGUAUCUUGCAUUGCCUGUCCUUAGAGUCGUGUGUGACAGAUUAUUAUUUAUUCAUCUAUUUGAUAGAAUCUUUCUUAUAUCUAAUGUACAAUUAAGCAGAGGUUAGGCUCUGGUUUAUUUUUGACGUCUUUUUAUGCGUUUCUAUUGGGUUUUUCUAUUUUGUCAGGUCAUGUUUUCUUUAUUCUAUCCGCCACCUAAAUAAACAGAAAAGCUGACAAAACAGAAAGCCCAAUAAUAAUGCUAAAAAAAAUAAAAGCAUGCAAGCCGGCAGAUAAGAUUGAAUACUAGGUUAGCUCUACUUUCACAAAAAUAACGUUAAGAAACAAGUCAAGUUUUCUACUCUUCAAUUGAAAUAGUGCUAUGACUAUAACCCUUUAUCAAGCCAUUCGUGAACACCAAUCAGGUUAGGUGCCUGUUGAGUACAAGUAACUUUAAGUAUAUUCUUGAAGGGAUUUUCGCAUAGUAUGAAAGUACCGCUCUGGGUUAACGUUACAUUGUCGAUUAUGAAGAUUAUGGGUGUCACAACUUUUUGUAUGCGUUAUCUCAUUGUAAUUUAAACGGCUGCCAACAGUGCCUUAUUAAAUCAUUGUAUUGCACCUUAAAUUAUGCUUCUUAUAUUAUACUGAUACAAUGCAUGGUUUUUCUGCAUAGCAUAAGAGAUACUGCUGUACACUUUUUG